UUGAGGGAAGCGAUUCUCAGCCAGAGCCUGUGCACGCGAGUUUUCAGCUUGGACACCCGCCAGUCUGGAAGUUAAAGCGUAGGGAGUCCUCAGUUUUCUGCUUCUUUGAAAUUCCGUUGGUUCUAACAUCACGAGAAGCCGAGGGGUUCAUCAGUUCCAGUUUUGUUAUCAAAUGUCAACAUGUCGCGCCAACAAACUCAGCCUGUCACCCAGAGGAUCACGCCCCGUCAAAAAUAUCGAUGGGGAAUUCCCCAUGGCAUGAUACCUUCCUUAGACAAUGGAACAUGCCUGGACCACGCUCCGGUGGCGUGCAAGAAGAAUUGGUCCCGAAGUGUCUCUCAAUGCUGUCCCUCGGGCGAUACCUGCUACAGCACAACUAGCCUCAGCGUCAGAUUCAACUACUACUGCUGUCCAGGGGCCUGACAACGUGGGCCAACUCGACUUGGGUUCUCUACAAGGACAGCCCUGGGCCAUCGGGGGUAUUCCUGCUGCCCUCCUGAACAGCACUCCAGGCAUCUCGCGCAGUGGCAGCGACGGCGGCGGUGGCAGCAACGAAAUGGGAUCAUCGAUAUCCCCUGUCGCCAUCGCCGGCACCGUCAUCGGCGGGAUAGCUGCUCUCGUCCUCGGCCUCGCUCUGGUACUGUGGCUUCACCGCAAGAGCCAGCGCGGUAGAAAGGCAGCGGCUUUGCCGGAGCCAAGGUCACAGGAACCUCAUGCGUCUGUUUCUAAUCAUACAUCAACCGCCUUGUCUCCCGCGCAGGCUAUGACACCCAAGGAAACCGUGCCACCUGCUACCUCUUCCGGCAAUACACCAAACAUCACCCCUCCUCCUCCUGCCGCGCAGAUCACACAGUCCUAG